AUGGAAAUUUUGUGGAAGACGCUGACUUGGAUAUUGAGCCUAGCAAUGGCCGCUUCAGAAUCUCCGAACUACAAUAGUCUCUCACAUAAUUCUCAAGAGGAGUUCCUGUCUCGGCUGGAUCACUACCAGCUGACGGUCCCUGUCCGGGUCAGUGAGACCGGAGAGUUCCUCAGCUACACUGUGAAGCAGCACCGGCCCGGUCGCCGGCGCCGGGGCACGGAACCGGCACAACCUGUCGUGGAACCCCACGUCUACUACCGCCUGUCGGCGUACGGGAAGCACUUUCACCUUAACCUGACUCUAAACCCCAACCUGGUGUCCAGACACUUCACUGUGGAGUACUGGGGCAAGAAUGGACAGGAGUGGCGCCAUGCCAUGGUUGAUAACUGUCAUUAUGUCGGAUACCUACUGGAUCAGUAUAGCACCACCAGGGUGGCUCUGAGCAACUGCAAGGGCUUGCAUGGUGUUAUUACAACAGAAGAAGAGCAGUAUUUAAUUGAGCCAUUAAAGAGUAUAUCCUCCAACAAUUCCAGUAAAUUAAAUCUCGAAGAAGGACAACCGCACGUUAUUUAUAAAAAGUCUUCCAUUCCGUCGCCACAAGAGCCCAGUCAAGAGUUCAGUUGUGGUGUUUCAGACCUCACAAGGAGCAGGACCCCCUGCCCCACCACCCACACAGCCUCUAAUGACACCCCUCCUUCGCCGGAGCCCAGCAGCGGUGGUCGGCGGCCCAAGCGCUCGGUCAGUUCGGAGCGCUUUGUAGAAACGUUAGUGGUGGCCGACAAAAUGAUGGUCGGCUAUCACGGUCGCAAGGACAUCGAGCAUUACAUCCUCUCCGUAAUGAAUAUUGUUGCCAAACUUUACCGUGAUGCCAGUCUUGGAAACGUUGUGAACAUUAUUGUAACCCGGUUGAUCAUCCUGACUGAAGACCAGACAAACCUAGAGAUCAACCACCACGCAGAUAAGUCUCUUGACAGUUUCUGUAAGUGGCAGAAGUCCAUUCUGUCUCACCAAGGAGGAGAUGGGAACAGCAUUCCAGAGAAUGGCAUUGCUCACCAUGACAACGCUGUUCUUAUCACAAGGUAUGAUAUCUGCACAUACAAGAACAAGCCCUGUGGAACCUUGGGUGAGUAAUGAUGUUCUAGACUGCUCUGUGCUGCUCUGUUCUGUUUUGGCUUGGCUCCCUGAUGUUUUGAGUGUUGCCUGUUCAGUUUUGUGUGUUGAAACUGUUGUAACCGUCUUGAGAUGAUCCAGUACUCAGAUAAUCAGACUGUAAUAUGACACAAGACCAUCCAACACCCCCCUCCCUUUAGAC